UUCAAUUCAAUUCUGCAAAAAUAUUAUUAAGGAUAAAUUUUCGAACAUUUCUGCACCUCUCUCUCUCUCCUCAGCUCUCGACCCCUCUCGCUCAUCGAUCUCGGCCGACGGCGACACUCUCAGCUGCACGCCUGCAGCUACGUCGACGGCGACUCGCCAGCUCCUCCGUCCCUUGCUCGGAAUCUCAGCAGCCACCUCACGCCAUGUCGUUGGUAGUGGCUGUCAGUCUUUUAACGAUCAGUGUUGUGCUGAUACGUGUCAUUUACGUGAUAUGCCGAAGUGGUAAACCUUUGAAAGGAAAACGCAGUGAACCAGUCAGUACCCUGAUUGUCUUAGGUUCAGGAGGUCACACUGCUGAGAUGCUGAACCUUUUAGCUGUGUUGCAAAAGGACAGGUUCCAUCCAAGAUUCUAUAUUGCAGCUGCUACUGACAAUAUGAGUCUCCAAAAAGCUCGCUCGUUUGAGGACUCCUUAGUUAACGAGACUAGAGAUAAGGUGGCAGAGACUUCUCAGUUUAUGCAAAUCUAUCGAAGUAGGGAAGUUGGCCAAUCAUAUAUAACCUCUAUUUGGACAACUUUACUGGCAAUUGCUCAUGCACUCUGGCUAAUGAUUAAAAUUAGACCUGAAGUGAUCCUCUGCAAUGGUCCCGGGACUUGCAUUCCUCUUUGCAUAAUUGCCUUCUUAUUCAAGAUCAUUGGGAUUAGAUGGUCAUCUAUUUUUUAUGUUGAAAGUAUAGCGAGAGUGCAAAGGCUAUCUCUCAGUGGCUUGAUUCUUUACAAGUUACACAUUUCUGAUCAGUUCUUUGUGCAAUGGCCACAGUUGCAAAGAAAAUACCCUCGAGCUCACUAUGUUGGAUGUCUGAUGUAGUGUGAUCAAAAUUUUGAUUCUGCUAAGCUACUCGAAGGCUGGGUUUUCUUCAUCAGCUUCCUGAGCUGGUAAAAAACGAAAUAAUUUUUGGUCGAUAUUAUAUUCUGCACACUCGGUGCCCAAUAGAAGAAAAUAACAAAGUUCUAGGUACGAACCUAAGCUCAUUACUCCUCCACUAUUAAGCUAUCUUGUGACUCGUUAAAAAAAGAAAAAGGAUGACAAAAUAUAAGGUUGGCAAACUAUUUGAAGUAAAAUAGUAGUUUGUUUGUUUUGAUAUUUCAAUGUGUAUUUACUAGGCUGUUCAUCAGUUGGGUUGGGGGACAAUUUACUUGUCCAAUCCCAUAGUUGAGUUUGCAGAGCAACCCACCCAAUCCACCAAAUUUUGUAGAGAAAUUAUAGUAAAUGUCAAAAAACAAUGACAUCAAGAAGCUAAUGUCCCAUUUAAAAAAUUGUAGAAAAACGACCCGUUUAUACAGUUGAUUACCUAAAUUGCUCUUUUCUAUCAUUUAUUUAUUUAGGAGCGUCUAACUUUAAUACAGUGAUAUAUGUAUAUUAGUUUUGUUUAAUUAAUUUUUAUUUUAAAGUUAUAUUGAUUUUUUAAGUUUUUUUUUAUGGAUUGUUGGUAUAUUAUUUUUCAAUUAGUGUAUAUAUUUUUUGUGGUAUGGUAUAUCAAUUUUUUUUAA